AUGCCCAAGCCUCGCAGUCUUGCCCUAGUGGCUGGCUCUUGGAUCACAGACAAGGACAAGGACAAGGACAAGGACAAGGACAAGGACGACGAAGACGACGAAGACGAAGACGACGAGAUGGCUGUGAGCUCAGCCACGGCGCUGAGACGCCUCCAAGAGGCAUUUGCGGCCUUGGCCGCCGCAGAGGCUGCGGGGUCUGCUCGUCUCCAGCGCGGCGACCUGGUCCGACUUCAGGACGAGCUUGGCCUGAGGCCCCCGUCUCAGCGCCAGCAGCGGCGAGAGGAGCGGCGGCUGCAGCGGGUGGAGGACGAGGCGCAGGAUGAGGAGGACGAGAAGGAUGGCGAUGAUGAGGAGGAGGGGGGCUGA